CUUUAUUGUACCCAAUAAUAAAAAAUGGGAGAUCUGCCUUUACGUCCCUCUGAAUUAAAAAAUAAGCAUAAAAGAGAAAGACUUUAUCAAAAACAAAGACUAGAGAAACAAAAAGCUAAAGCAGCCAAGAGAAAACAACAGGCCAAGCUAGAAGAAAAAAAUCCUGAAUUAAAAAAAAAACGUUUAGAGGAAAAUGUGCCAAAAACAAUAGAUAAUACAAGAGAAGCAGAUGAAACUAUGGCCGACGAAGAUGAUGAAGUUGUAGAAGAUGAGGCCUCUGAUGAAUUUGCUAGUUACUUUACUGGAAAGACACCUAAAGUAUUAGUAACUACUAGUAAGAAGGCUUCAACUAAUUGUUAUGAUUUCUGUGCAGAAUUAGUAUCUAUGUUUCCUGAUGCUCAAUUUGCCAAGCGUGGACCUAAACAUGAAUUAAGACAAGUAAUCAAAAUUGCUAAAGAUAAAGAAUUCACAGAUCUUUUGAUUGUGAAUGAAGAUCGCAAAGUGCCUAAUGGUAUUACUUUAAUACAUUUACCUGAUGGACCUUCAGCUUAUUUCAAACUUACAAGCAUUACACCUGCCAAAUCAAUUUCGAACCAUGGACGAGUUACUGCUCAUAAUCCAGAAUUGAUUUUAAAUAAUUUUAAUACUAGAUUAGGUCAUACAGUGGGACGUAUGUUUCAGGCACUUUUACCUCAAGUUCCUGAAUUUCAAGGUAGACAAGUGAUUACAUUUCAUAACCAGCGAGAUUUUAUUUUCGUUCGACGACAUCGUUAUGUGUUUAAGGAUACCGAGAAAGUGGGUUUACAGGAAUUAGGUCCCAAAUUCACCUUAAAGCUUCGUUGGUUACAAAAGGGUAUUUAUAAGCGUGAUGGUGAAUAUGAAUGGAUAUUUAAACCUGAAAUGGAAACAAGUCGUAAGAGAUUCUUUUUGUAAAUAGAGAUAAUAAAGUUACAUUCUGUAUUCAUAUUUAGAUUAAUUUUCGGGUUUUAUUUUUGAAACCUUUAAUUCUAAACAAAAAAGAUAUGUGUGUGUGUGUGUGUGUGUGUGUGUAUUAUUUAUUUAAGAUAUAAUGAAGGUUAUGAGAUGAUUAGAGAAUUUAUA